GUUCCUUGUCAGAUCUCCCCUGUGCCUCUUUUCUAUUGGAGAUUGUGCUCUCUAUGUUGGCUCUAGGGUUCCCUUAUAGGUGCACAGCAGUGUUAUCGGAUGCCUUGGAAAAGGUGGAUUUUGAAAUUGGAAGGCUCUCCUUCUGAUGUUUACUGAGAGAGAAGUCAGCCUUUUCGAGCGCAGGUUCCAACAGAGAGCUAGGGUUAGGGUGGCUAUUCAUGAUUUCCCUAUUCCUUGCACAGCGGCUUUUGUUUGAUUGAUCACAUGGAUCAUGAGGCAAUGCCCUGGUGGCCAAGUUUGCUGGUUUGGCCUGAGGUCCGGUGAAGGGAAUGUUGUGGUCGAGAUUUGUAGGGGGUUCUCCACCGAAGGUUAGGAUAUGGGCUUCCUCGUCGAUCCGUAAUUCCUCAUUUGAAUGAGAGUCGUAGAAGUCCUGUCGAAAGGUUUCAAAUCGAUGUAAAUGGUGUCCUACCCGCAUAAUUGAACAGGACCCUUUUCAGCGCGUAACCAAACCCCGAACUUGUCACCAUCCGAGAUCUUCUUCUUCGAUGGUGGGUCGGCGAUUUUGCAAGAUUUCUUAAGAUGUCCUAUUAGCCCACAGUGAUAACAAAAAUCCCCCAGUUUUUCAUAAUAGAAUUGGAUCCAAGUUUUCCUUCCUUCCAAGUUCUGGAAGAAACCGAUGGGGAAGAGGCUUGGUAAUUUCAACCUCAGCUUGAAUCCGCAUGAAAGUCAUCCCUAGUCCGCUCUUCCUCAAGGUAUCUUCAUAACUCACGACCUCUUUGAAAAAACUUCCAAUUUUGAGAGCAUUUGAUUUGGUCAUGAAUUUUAAAGGUAGCCCGUGUAUCUGGAUCCAAAAAGUGGAGUGGGAGAAGUCGAAAUCUUGCAGGGACAUCCGUGGAUCCCAUUCUUUUAAAGAAAGGUUUUUCAGAGAAAAUCUUUCCAACCAUCAUCAGAUGAGAUCUCCGUGUUGCUUCCGCUAGGUCUGGUGUGAGAUCCAGUCGUGGAUAAUUGCUCAAAUCAUCAGGUUGAGUUCUGAAGACAGUGCUGUAGGUGUAGCUUCUACCCAUUGUUAGAAAUACUCUCACAUGGAGAAAAACUCAAGUUGGAACAUGGCCUGUUUUGCCCCAUAAUAGCUCCUUUGUUGGUAUGCUUACAUUCCCUUAUCUUAGAUAUGUUAUUCACCAAAAUAUAUAUAUAUACAUAUAUAUAUAUAUAUAUAUAUAUCAGUUCGAUAUGUUUGUUAGCAGUUAAUUUUAAUAGUCAAAAACAAAAAACAGAAGUAAAAAAUUAAUAUUUCAUGAUGAGAUAAUAAUAGCAAGCAAAUACAAUUACAGUUUUUAACUAAUUAAUAAUAUUUUUUUGAUUUAAAAAAAAAAAAAAAGGCAUUGGUUAAAAUGCAAUUAGAACAAAUUGAGGGUGUGAAAAUGAAAUUUUUCUAUGAAAAUAAAAAAGAGAAAGAAUGGGCGGUGCGGUGUUGUGUUGAUUAGUAGUGUGCAUCUGGUGCAUGUUUGACAAACAAUCGGGGAACGGGGGGAGGGCGAGUAAACGGUAUACUAAAGAGAGUAAAGGGCGGUGGGAGAUGGAGGAUGAGAUGGAUUCACUGUUUGAGGGGAUGGUGCUCUUCGAUCCUAGUAAUAAUUCUCAAUUUCAAUUUCAAUCUCAAGAUGAUAGCGAUCAAGCAGAUGAUUCUCCAACUCCAACAGCAACAGCACCAGCAUCACCAGCAGACGCAUUGGCACAGCCACAGGCCCAACCCCAACCCCAACCCCUGGACGAGAACCUCUUCUCUGACCUCACUCUUGCCUCUCCCCUCCAAUUCCACACAACAGAAACCACCCCUCCUUCCAACUCCGUCUCCAGACAGAUUUCCAGAAAGAAGAAGAGGGCUGCUGGGUUGAGGAUCGGAUAUGCCAGAGAUGCUGAUAUCGAUGCAUAUGCCUAUUCUCGCCCUCUCGAUGCGGAGGAGCCUCAGCCCCACACCACUCCCACUCCCACUCCCACCGUUGAAUCAGAUUCUACUCAUGCCAACGGACACAAGGCCGAUGGUGCUGGUUGUCGCCUGGAGCAGAUCAAGUCUCUGAUCUCUGACAAACUCCACCGUGCUCGUCAAUCGGUCUCCUCUGUCUCCUCCGCCAGGAAGGAUUUCAUUGCCGCCAGAAGAAAAGCUGCCCACAACCUCCACCUCGCUUCGGUCGCCUAUGCCGACCUCGAGAACCAACUCAACGACGCUUGCGACGCCGAAGAUUUCGAGGCUGCUGAACGGCUUAGCGACAGCCUUGCCGCUGCUGACAAGGACAAGCAAUCUCUUAUCGCUUUACUCAGAGAUGCCGAGUCCCACUACGACGCCGUUGAAUUCCAGAUGCAGCAGGUGCUCACCUCUCAAAUCGCUGCUGAGGAGGAAUGCACUUCUCUGCUUACUCAAUUUGCCAUGGAUGCAUCAACUGAAGCACAUAAGGUCAUAAUGACAGCAGAAGUCGUCUCUUCAAAAGAAAUGCAUAGAUGGUUCUCAUCAACCGAAUCCUUGGAGAUGAAGAAGAUGGAAUUAGAAAUUGAAUCAGAAAUCAUAAGUGAAGCCCGCAAUGUAUUGAAUAAUUCCAUUGAGCUUUCAGUUGAGAAUGACAGGAGGGAGAGAAAAUCUCUUUGUAAGAAGAAGAUUGUGCUGAUGGAUGAAUUGGAGCAACUGCUUGCCCUCGUGAAACGCAAGGAAGAGGAGAUUGCACAAAAUGAUUCUGACAUCGAAGCGGUUGACAAAAGGAUUGUUGACGUUGUCUCUGGUUUUCAGGAGAUGCAAUCUGGCAUUGAUGCCAAGUUUGCUAACCUGCAAUCUGGCCUUUCCCAGAUUGGCUUAGACAGAGAUGCUAUGUUAUCACAGAGGAAGGAAAUUGAUGAAUUCCUAACUCAGGAAGAAGAGAGAGGAGCUAAGUUGAAAGAGGUUGCCCAGGCUUCUGCAGCGGAAGCAAAAUCUUACCAGGAAGUUGCUGGACUUAGAAAGAGUCUGAUGUCAUCUGUUUCCAAGUCUAUGGAAGACAAAGUGAGGCUUGCCAAGAUUGAGGAGAAGUUUUCCGAGGAUGUCCAAAUACUCCAGUUGCAGGUUUCCACCUCUAGAGCUUCUCUACAGGAACUAUCAACAAGAAAGUCAAGCAUCCAGCAAGAUAUAUCAUCCUCCAAGCAGAGGAUAUUUUUCUUAGACAAAAGGGCACCUGAGCUGGAAGCAGAAAAGAAAGUUGCUGCUGCUGCAAGAAAUUUUAAGGAAGCUGCAAGGAUAGCUGCUGAGGCAAAGUCAUUAACGGUUGAGAAGGAUGCCAUACAAAAUGACAUGAAAAGAGCUGUAUUGGAGCUUGAGAAGCUGGAGGAAGAGAUAAAAGACACUGUCAGCAAACUGCAGGAGUAUGAGGGGCUCAUUUCGUCCAAGGAAAGAGAGGUAGCAAGGGCAAGAUUUGAGAGGUUGCUUUUGGUAGCUGGUUCUGCUGCAGCAGAAAGAGAAGCUGCCUUGCAGUUUGGUGACCAAGAUGAAGCUAACCUUCUUCACGUGGAGGCAGAAGCAGCAGAUGCAGAAGCAAAAGAAAUGCAACUAUUACAUAACUUCAAGGUGGAAGAAUUUGUAAAUCUACCAAAACACUUCAUCUCCAUGGAACUUGUAGCCAAUCUUGGGAGGAAACAGUUGGCAGAAUUGGCGGCAACUAUUAAUAUUUCUCCUGCAUGAUGACUAGGAGAACAGAGUAGGAUGCAUUUGAUGAUCAUUGAUAGAGCAUGUGGGGAAUUGUUUGGUUAGCAGAAGGAACUCCGGAUGCUUGAUGAACAUUUGAGAAGGUGGAAUUACCCCAAAGUUACUUUGCGUUAGCUGCCACCAUAGCAGUGAUUGUGUUCUCUUCUGCCAUCUCGUUUCCUCCUGUGCCAUUGCUUUGCAUACAAUGUAAGGCUAGUUCUGAUGCGUCUGAAAAUUUUGAUGCUGAUCUCUAUCCUCUCUAUUUUUCAACCUUGCCGGGUCGGCAAAUCCACAUACAAUAUUCCUUCUGCUCCUAUGCGGAUUAUGCUCGAUUAUGCUCCCUGUAUAAUAUAAUAUUCCGUACCAAGGCCAUUCUCCGUAGGAGGAAAUUAAUUUUUGUGAAUACUGUUUGCAGUGUCUUACAAUCGUUUCCGUAUUAUUGUAGUGAAUAAUGAGGAAAUAUUGCAUAGUAAUAAAUUUUUUUUCCCUUUUUUUUC